AUCCCCCCCAUCACUGCCCUCACUCAGCUCCUGGUCUACUGCAGUACCUCAGCAUGGCCGAAUAGAGGGCGCCAUCAGUCUGUCACUGCUGUACCAUUUUGCUUUAUUUGAUUGAGGAAAAGCACACAGUCCCAUUGAUGUUCAGGCUUCCAUGCCUUACACAGAUUACAAUAAUGAUGUCAUUAUGUCUCAAUGAAGGAAUCUUGGGCUCUCAAGCCUUUCUGGGUGCUGUUCCGUUUGUGCUCAUCUUCAAAAGGACCAGGACAUGAGUGUUUGUAAGAGCAGUUAGUUGCUGUAGUAGUUUCAGCACCAAGCUAUUGUUAGUACGAUGUGAGUGUUGUCCUAAAUUGGAAACCAUAGCUGUCUCCUACAUAACAGGUCCAUGGGUGGUGUGGGCCUAGCUUGGGUGGGUGGUUUUGAAAGCGAUGUUAGUAGGAAAAGUUUUCUUGACGAGAGGAAAUGUUGAUUUCCUUUCCAAAUGAAUUUGAUGUUGUGUGCCAGGAAACGAAGAUAACAAUGCCACACCCCCUUUAAGCAUAUCAUAGCAACACCAUUGGAACACGUUGUGCUGCUUUUGUCAUGUUCCAAGUCUUGAUUGUAAAAAUGUAAACAUAUAUUUCAACAUUUUUCUCAGUUGCCCUGUAAGGCAGGAUAUGACGUCCAGAUGAAGGUUGACCCUCCAUCUGUGGGCUUGUAGCUGUUCUGUUCUCCAUGUGUCUGUUGGUGUGUUUCUGUGUCAGUCUUUGUGUAGUCCUGUAUGUUUUCUACACCAUGUUCAAAGCUACCAUAUGAAUAUGGCCAUUUUGCUGGUGUCCCUAAAACAUUGAUAAUUUUGUCAACUUCAGACCGACAGUCAAUGGACUGGACUUACAGGCUUUUGGAAUGGUUUUGUUCUGACUGCCGUGUGUCUUCCAUCUUGGACAACAGGGUUCUGACUCUGACUCUGUGAAUGGUCCGGGGAGAGACAGCGGGCUGGCGUCUUCACGCCUGGACCCGUCUGCCACGCUACCCAGCAAGAGAGCUGACCCUGGCACAGAUGCCAUGGAGGGCAUGCUCUACCGCAAGCAGGAGAUGGAGUCCCAUGCCAAGAAGGCAGCUAGCAGCUUCUCUCUCUCUUCCCAUAGGUCCUGGCAGAAUGUGUACUGUGUUCUGCGUAAGGGCAGCCUUGGCUUCUACAAGGACCAGAAGAGCGCCUCCAGCGGGAUCCCCUACCACGGAGAAGUCCCCAUCAGCCUGGGAGAGGCUGUGUGUGAGGUGGCACACGAUUACAAGAAGAGGAAACACGUCUUCAAGUUACGGCUAGGGGACGGUAAGGAGUUCCUGUUCCAAGCUAAAGAUGAGACGGAGAUGGCCUCGUGGAUCCACUCCAUUCAUAGCUCCAUCCCAGCAGGGGGGUCAGGAGACCACUCCCCCAGAGGCCCCAGGGCCCUGAGCCGAGCAAUGACUAUGCCCCCCAUCUCCCCCAGCUCAGCAGACGCUGCCGGAGUCACCAUGCGCAACAAGGAGGGCAAGGAGAGGGACCGGGAGAAGAGGUUCAGCUUCUUUGGAAAGAAGAAAUAAAACAUUUGUAAAACAACAACAUCAAGGAAAAUUAUAUUCCUCAAAAUUCCAACAAACUGAAACAGGCAGAAAUGAAAGCACUCUUGUUGCAUAAACGCAUCGCUGUCGGCCGGGGUCCUGAGGGGUUUGUCUAUUUCUGGCUCACACAGAGUUUGCUCUUUCUCGCUCUCUCCUCUCUAUUUUCAUUUGUCAUCUCUUUCUCUUUUAUAUCUCUCUUUCCUUCUCCAUCUCUCACAUUUGGCUUCAUCCUACCGAUGUAAGCCCUUGUCCAUAGCUUUAGUUGCAUUUUCAGCCGAUGUCACAGCGUUUGUUGAUCAGAGUCACUAAUAAGAACUCUCUUUGGCCUCAUCAUCGGGGGAAACCAAGGGGUUUGUUGGGAGAGGGGAGGGCAGGGGUUGGUUAGCAUUAGAACCGAGGGCUAAGAGGACCCUCAAAGUCAAUUCUCUUUCAUUCACCCACACUGGAUCAUUUGUUGGUUUAAAUUAGUCCCGGCUCAACCAAUCUUUAGACAAGCAAAAUACUUUAAUGCUGUUUUACCAAUAACAGAGAAACUGUUGUAAAGAGUGCUGUCCCCAGGUCCCCUCUUCCAGUCUCUCCUUUUCUCUAUCAUGCUCCUUGGGAAGCCCCAUAUCUUUUCUUUUUUUUGGUUUUGGUGUUAUUAUUAUUUAUCUUUUUGCUGUUGCAGGUUUUGAGGGGGAACAUUAAAAUAAAUAAUUUAAAGAGUA